AUAAUCAAUCCAUCCCUUCCCAUCGCUCUGUCACUCGUUUCAUCGUUCGCUUUCUUUUCUCCCCACCAGACGCUUCUGCCCUCAGCUUCUCUCGAGCUGUCUCCCCUGUGUUGCCAUUCUUUCUCUCUUCCCAUUUUCUCUUGCUUUCCUUCUCUCCCUCCCUUCUUCAGCCUGGCGCUGCUUCGAACACCCGCGAAUUUUUCGAUCAAAUUUCCCGUUCCCCCGUUGAGGCCCACGUCACCACCUGUCAACGGCUUUGUCUCUUCAAAACUGACAGGCAAGCUCCGUCGGACGGUCGAGAGUUUCGCUUCUCAGCGCAUCUGCCACCCUUUCCAUGUCGCGACCUGUUAACCUUCUCGAGGCGUCAAUCCGUGAUUUCAGUUCAUUGAUAACAUCGUGACGGCACACCACCCGCAAGUCCCGUACAAUCAUCCAUACAGAAAAUUACCCCAAGACUCGAGCUCGUCGCCAGGGAAGACUCCUGGACGCAAACACCCAAAAUUCCCACCCGUCCCAUUUGGAUUCAAUAUCUUUUGGUGGUGGGGGAGGAAUCGCGUCGAGUUUGAAUUCUUUAUUUUUGUCUUAAAUAAAAUUGGAGCCACGACCAUCUCGCUGCGAUUGCUUUGAUGGUUACUCGACCACCAACCCACUCCUCGCCAUCCCUUCACAAGCCGCCUCCGUUCCACGAUCGGCGUCAAAGCACAAUGGCACGCAUCAACAUAGAUAACUUAGUUGGCGACCCUUUUGCAUUGGCAUCCAUCUCGAUAUCAUUGCUUGCAUGGCUAAUUACGUUCAUCUCCGCUAUCAUCUCCGACGUCCGCGGCUUUUUCCCAAAUAUCUACUGGUGGACCAUUGCUUAUCAACUGCUCUGCAUCCUCGGUAUCUCAUAUGUGAUGGCAACGGGCACGAGCCAUAUCUAUAGCACUGCGAUUGUCGGAUAUGUCGCCUCAGCCUUUGCUUUCACCACGUUCGCGGUCGACGUCAUGCUAAAAGAUAAGUCCGGAUCAAAGGAAGCUGCAGGAGCUGGGUUUAUCCUGCUAUCCAUCAUCAAUAUCAUUUGGAUCUUCUAUUUUGGCUCUACAGCUCAGCCACGUCCUCGUACCUACAUUGAUUCGUUCGCCAUGCAUAAAGAGCAGCCAUCAUAUCUCAAUCCGAGCCAGAUGUCCAACCACUACAACAAUCGCCCCGACACCACCCUUUCUAGCCAACCGCCGCAGAUGUAUACCUCUGCUCAAUUAAACGGAUUCGAAACGUCGUCGCCUAUACCAGGUUACGGGGGCGGACAAGCAGGUCAGUCCGGAGCAUCCGGUCUGGGCAAUUCCCAGGUGAACUUGGCAGCCAACGGUAGCGCAACCGGAGAUGCUUCCAACGAAGUUAGCCCGCCUACCGAAUACCCUUACCGUGCAAAGGCGAUCUACUCGUAUGAAGCGAACCCAGACGAUGCAAACGAAAUCAGUUUUACAAAACACGAGAUCCUUGAGGUAUCUGAUGUGAGUGGGCGGUGGUGGCAAGCGAAGAAAUCGACGGGAGAGACAGGCAUUGCCCCGUCGAACUACCUGAUCUUGCUAUAAGCGAAGAAAGGAAAAAGCAGGCAACACCACCGAACUCGAUGUGUGAGCAGUUAAUACCGUGCACACAUCCUCCCUAAUUGCUGAAAGAGGUGUUUUCUACACUUGAUACCCGUUGCCUCGUUCCCUUUUUUAUGCUCUUUUUCUGACCUUUUUUUGUUUCGCAUCAACAAUUUUUCUGGCGCAAUUGGGGGCUUGUGAUAAAUAUGUCAUGUCUGAUGGGCUCUUAUAACUGUUUGGUUCAUUCUUACGUUUUUCAAUUCUCCGCUUUGGCCCUCCUGUUAUUGGGAACUCCCGUACUCAGCUGCCCACCUGUUUUCAUGUUUUCUUUAUUAAUGUGUGAUUCAUAUUUGACCCGGAUCCCCCGGAGAAAAUUCUCGAACUUGUAUUCGUACACCUUACGAUCGGCAAAAUGCUGCUGAGAUUUGACUGGCGCUAAACUCAUGUGUCCCUGUAGCCAAUGUUCUAGACGGUCUCAUCAAAUUUGUCGAUAUCCUAUCUACCCUUCUUUUCCCGCAGAUGAGAAAGGAACGCAUGUGUGGAUUAUGUAUUUUCUGAAGAUUUUUGGUUCCUAUCAGUUUUCUUUUUUUGGUGGGCAUUCUUCACAUGCAUAAAUGGACAUGCACUCCUUUCCAUCUGUUUUAUCCAUUCGAGUGUGCAAUAUCUUCUCUCUUUCUUUUUCUUUUCUUUUCUCUUUUUCUGUGUGACAGGUGGUAUUUAGGCCGCCCGCCGAGAAUUUGUACAUAUUUACAUAUGUUUUCACCAAGAGAAAGAUAGGUAGGUUGGAAGGGAAUGGGACUAUGCGCAGUUUAUGUCUAUUUGCAGACAUUCUAUCUACAGCAUAAUCUUGCACUCAUGGGACUUCUGCAGCAAUAUGAAUG